AUGGCUGAAGGUCUCGUUCUUCGCGGCACCAUGCGUGCUCACACCGACGAGAUUACCGCCAUCGCCACCCCGUUCAACAAUUCCGAUAUGAUUGUCUCCGCUUCCCGCGACAAAUCCAUCAUCCUCUGGGACCUUACCAAGGAUGACAAGACGUACGGUGUCCCUCGCCGGCUUCUUACCGGUCACUCUGACUUCGUUCAGGAUGUUGUCCUCUCAUCCGACGGAGAGUUUGCUCUUUCUGGUUCAUCGGACGGUGAGCUCCGUCUGUGGGAUCUCGAGGCCGGAACUACCCGGUGUCGAUUUAUUGGCCACGAAGAAGAUGUUGUGUCUGUGGCAUUCUCGUUUGACGACCGUAUGAUCGUGUCUGCUUCUCGCGACCGCUCGAUUAAGCUGUGGAACACUGUCGGUGAGUGCAAGGUCACUAUCCAGCAUGGUUAUGGUGAUCAUGCUCAUUCCGAUUGUGUUAGCUGUGUUCGAUUCAGCCCUAGCACUCUGCAGCGGACUGUUGUUUCUGCUUCGCGGGAUAAAACUGUGAAGGUGUGGGAUCUGUUGAAGUGCAGGGUGAGAUACACUCUUGCUGGACAUUCUGGAUAUGUCAACACGGUAGCUGUUUCGCCUGAUUGUUCUCUUUGUGCGAGUGGCGGCGAAGAUGGUGUUAUUCUUUUGUGGGAUUUGGCUGAGGGAAAGAGAGUUAACUCUUUUGAUGCUGGCUCUAUUAUUCAUGCUUUGUGCUUCAGUCCUAACAGGUACUGGAUUUGCGCUGCAACUGAGGCCAGCAUUAUGAUCUGGGAUUUGGAGAGCAAGAGCAUUGUCGAGGAUUUGAAGAUUGAGUUAGAGACUGAUGCUGAUGAGGAUUUGAAGAGUGAUUUAGAUACUGAAGCUGAUGAGGAUUUGAAGAUUGAUUUAGAGACUGAAGUUGAUGCUACCAAGAAGGUCAUCUACUGUACUAGUUUGAACUGGAGUGCAGAUGGAAGCACUUUGUUUGGUGGAUAUACUGAUGGUGUUGUUAGAGCCUGGGGCAUUCGGAGUUAUUACUGUUUCAUAGUAGUAGAAUUUAAGAGAAAUGAUAUCAAGACACAGGUUUCUUACACCUACAUCCAAUUUACUGUUUAUACCUAUAUCCAAUAUACUAGAAUCAUUAAGUGUAGAGAUGCAAUAUGGGCACAAGAUACUGGGAUAAGGUUACAUAUACGGGAUAGCUGGAGCAGAGAAGUUACUUGGAUGAUAAAGGGGGCUAACAAAAAAGGAUGGAAGAAACAAGUAUUGAAGGUUGCCUUUGUUAAGACAAUUUAUGAAAUAUGGAGGAGUAGAAAUGACAAGGCUUUCUCCAACAGAGGUAUUGAUCCUUUGGUGGUGAACAAGGAUUCCUUUGAGUAUAUUUUAUCUUCUUCGUUGAAAGAUGGUUCUUUCAUGUUUCUCCCUAAGGUUGAUGUCUUUCCUCUUCAUUGUUCAACUAAUGAAGGAACUUCUUCUUCUUUGUUCUUUGAACGAGUGAAUCCUUCGUUUGAUGUUCAUCAUUCAACGAUAGAGUAUGAUCGUUCAAAGGCUUAA